CUUUUUCCCUUCCGAAAAUCUCAUUUCAUUUCAAUAUGGACGCCGUUGAUUCUCUGAUGCUCAUCACAACCGCUGAUGAAAUUCCAGGUAAAAAAAUUGUUCAUUUAGGACAUGUAUUCGGUAUAACGGUUCGUGCAAGAAACAUUGGCGUUAGUCUCGGUGCCGGAUUGAGAUCAUUAGCUGGUGGUGAAGUGGCUGCAUUCACUAAGAAUUUCGAACAAAGCAGAAGACAAGCAUUGGAUAGAAUGAUUGGUAUGGCACAUUCGCGAGGUGCCGAUGCGAUCGUAGCCAUGCGCUUUGACUCGACGGGACAACAGCAAUUCUCAGAAGUUUGUGCUUACGGUACCGCUGUCAAAUACGUCAAUGAUACAUCGCAAACCCUCAACAGAAUGAUCGUGACAACGGCUGAAAGCGUGCCUGGCUACCAAUCAAGCAACAUGAAUCAUGUGCUCGGCGUUUGCGUCUUGUGGCCAGGAAACCCUUUGCAAGAGUUUACAAGAGCUCGACGUCGAGCUAUUACCGAGAUGGAAAAGGACGCAAGUCGAUUCGGUGCAGAUGCCAUUGUUGCUGUUCGCUAUGACUCGACCGUUAAUUCGGGUACCUAUCAUUAUUCUCAAAGUACACUCACAAAGAUGUCUUUCUUGGCUCGUUCUACAACCGCACGCGCUGCUUCUUCAUUGGCAGUCAAACGUACAGCUUUGACUGGUCAACGUGGAUUCGCAUCAGAAGCAGCUGCAGCUGGUUUGGGUCCAUCAUUCAAACUAAGUGAAGAUCAAGAAGCAUAUCAAGAACUUGCACGUCGUUUCACAGCAGAAAACAUCAUUCCUGCCGCACGUCAUCAUGAUGAAACGAUGGAAUAUCCUUGGAAAAUCAUCAAAGAUGCACAUGCUGCUGGAUUGGUAAACACACACAUUCCAGAAGAGUAUGGUGGUGCCGGUUUGAGUUUAUUAGAAGGUGCUCUCGUGACUGAAGAACUCGCAUAUGGUUGUUCAGGUAUUCAAACUGCAAUCGAAGCAAACGGUUUGGCAGAAGCACCUCUUCUUGUUGCUGGAUCACACGAACUUAAGCAGAAGUAUUUGGGAAGAAUGACCGAAGAGCCAUUAGUUGCUUCUUAUUGUGUUACUGAACCUGGAGCUGGAUCCGAUGUCGCAAACAUUACCACAAAAGCAGAAAAGAAGGGAGACAAAUGGAUCUUAAACGGAACAAAGAUGUGGAUCACAAAUGGUGGACACGCAAACUGGUUCUUCGUUUUAGCAAAGACUGAUCCAACACAAAAAGCAAACAAAUCAAUGACUGGCUUCAUUGUCGAUGGAGAUUCUGCUGGUAUCAUUCGUGGAAGGAAAGAGAUUAACAUGGGACAGAGAUGUUCGGAUACACGUAUGAUCACAUUUGAAAACGUCGAAGUUCCAGAAGAAAACGUGAUUGGUAAACCUGGAGAUGGAUUCAAGAUUGCCAUGGGAGCAUUUGAUAUUACCCGUCCUUUGAUUGCUGCAGGUGCAACUGGUGUUGCAUCUCGUGCAUUGUCCGAAGCUGCUACAUACGCACACGAACGUAAGACGAUGGGAAGACCAAUCAUUCAACAUCAAGCAAUCGCUUUCACAUUGGCAGAUAUGGCUGUUCGUGUUGAAGCAAGUAGAAAUUUGACGUGGAGAGCAGCUGCUACAAAGGAUGCUGGAGAGCGUAAUUCAUACUUUGCCAGUGUCGCCAAAGUUUUCGCAUCCAACUCGGCCGUUCGCAACGCUGACGAAGGGUUGAGCAUUCUAGGAGGAGCAGGUUAUAACACAGAGUAUCCAUUAGAGAAAUUAUAUCGUGAUUCAAAAAUCUUCGAAAUCUACGAAGGCCCUACCCAGAUACAAAAGCUGAUCAUUUCUCGUUUCAUUGAACAACGCUUCAAACCAUAGAUUCACAUUUUUUUUGGAUAGGGUACACGAUCUCUAUGUAUGUAAUGUCAAAUUUCAUUCCUUCAUGCUAAGUCAGGAUGUCGUUCAAAGAGAUUUGUUGAGUCAGAAAGCGCUGGCCUGUCGAGAGUGUUACGGCUUGAACUAGCAUCCAUUCCUAAACUGCCUUCUUUCAUCGAUUGUUGACCUUCUAGCACAUCAUUUUCUCUAUCGUCCGUAUUUUCAUCUUGAAUUGAAUUCGUCAGAAGAUACCCCCGGCUUUUAGGACGUCUUGUUGGUCGGUUG